AUGGAAGGAGAAUGUUCAAGUAGUUUGCAAAUGAUUGAUAAAAAUGUUGAGACUAAAAUACAGAAUGUGGCCAACGUAAAUGAGUCUAAGGUUGGGAUGAUGUUUGAAAGUGAAAAAGAAUUGUUUGACUACUACACAAAUUAUAGCAAGCAAUUGGGGUUCCCAGUUAAGAUAAGAUCAUUAGCAAAAAGAGAUGAUGGAACGUUCGAGUGCAAUUCCAAAAAUCCUUUCAAACCGCGUCCAAGCAUCAGAACAAGUUAUAAGGCUAAGGUCCUAGUAAUUUUAUGUGCUGAUAGAAAGUUGCGACUAAACACUAUCAUGCUUGAUCAUAACCAUGAGGAUUCGAAAACUAUCCAAAGUGGUAAUGUUGCCGAAAGUGAUGGUCAAUACUCCAAUUUGCCUCUUUAUAAUAACAAUUUGGCCUUAUUAUGGGGAGUCACUCUAAGAGGUCAUGAAAACCAAUCAUAUGGGAUGGAAAACUAUUUCAUGGAUAGUGCUGCUGGCUUUGAUGAAGGGUUUUUGAAUGGGCUUUCUGGAAGUGAGGUCUACCUCACCAAUAUCAAUGAAGGGGUUUUGUUUGGAUGGUCUGAUUGA